AUGGCUUUAGUACGGGCAAUCUUCUUCAAGGCCGCAAAAUCAAAUUUCCAUGUCAUGGUCACCCAUAUCAGAGAUCCAAAGGUUUCGUCAGAUCGCACCAGAAGCAGCGAAACAACUAGUCAGCAUCCAAGAGUACACCAACUACAUCCACAAGCUUGUGCUGUAGGAAACCUUGAACAACUGGCCAGGCACUAUGCAUACCAUUCCCUUGCUGAGUCAACUCGUCGGGCAUAUGCUACAGGACAGACUCGUUAUACAAACUUUUGUUACUCUCAUGGAAUUCCCAGCUUACCUGUUACACAGUACUCCACAACGCUCUUCGUCACAUACCUGGCAUCCUCUGGUCUGUCAUACAACACCAUCAAAUUAUAUCUCACAGCCACAAUGGAAUUACUCAUCGAGACAGAUCACAAAGACUUGUCCAACUGGACUAAUUUACACCGGACACUCCAAGGAAUAAAACGACAACACAGCGCACCAGUUCGUAAUCGUCUCCCCGUCACCAUUAGCAUUCUACGAACAUUAAAAAAUGCUCUCCGCCAUUCGCAGUCACUCCUACCAGUUGAUCAACUCAUGAUGUGGUCUGCGUUUACAAUUGCAUUCUUUGGUUUUCUCCGUGUGAGUGAAUUCACUGCUCAAUCACCGACCAACUUCAAUGAAGCUACAACAAUGGUUUGUUCCGAUAUCCACUUCGACCAAUCACUCAACAGUCUCAACAUCACCAUAAAAUCGUCGAAGACUAACCCAUUCCGACGUGGGCAAAAUAUCAUCGUCGCAGCCUCAGGAUCAUCUGUGCCGUGCGAGCUUACCUACGUUACACCUCCGUUGCUUUGCACCCAGCACAAUCUCCAGCCUUUCAAUUCACGAAUGGGUCAUUUUUAA